AUCUAUUCCAAGGGCGGGCUCUUGUAGUACUCAAUAGGGAAUCAAUUCUGAAGCUUAGAAACAUGAGAAUGAUGUAAAUCAAAAGUAGGAACUAUUUCUUUGAAGCAAUAAUCCAUGACAAUGGAAGGCGCAAUACAGCUGCACAGUCCUGGCUAAUUCUCCACCUCUCUAGGCACUGACAAGCCCUAGGAGGAAAAUCAUGGAUCCAAAUUUAUCUCGACGCCUAAGUUUGCCGAUUGCCGCACUAAGGAAAAAGUCAGAUACAAAUCUCAGGGCAGGAAAUGUCAAACGCUCAAGGAGUCCUUUACUUACGAAGAAACCGAAGUCUGUGGACCCCUCGGCACACUUACAAGCGGGACGAGCCCGAUCUCAAACUUCAGAAAAUCUCUUAAAUAGUCCCGCCUCUGGCUCACUAGAUGGGGCUAGGAGUGAAAAUGACUUGGAUUUUGCGGUGGAACAUAGUUCUAACUCCACUGCCAAUGGAGGUCCAGGGAGCAUUGAUGGGAUCACGGAUGAGCUGGAUGGUCAUCAUGUUGACCCACAGAAAACCAAAGCAGCCAUGGAGCACCUUCAGCAUAAGAUGCAGAAAACAGUCUCCCUAAUAAAAAAUGAACAAAAAACUAAAGAAGAAAAUGUGAAUGAAUAUCUGAAACUAGCUGCCAGUGCAGACAAGCAGCAAUUGACCAGAAUAAAGGCAGUAUUUGAAAAGAAAAACCAGAAAUCAACACAGACUAUAGCACAGUAUCAAAGGAAGUUAGAAAAUUAUACAAAAAGACUUGAAGAUAUUGAAAAAUAUGGAGUUUCUGAUCAUAAGCAGACCAAAGAGAGGCUGCGGGAUAUGGGACAGGGUUUACGGGACAUGGGGGCUAAUAUAAAAGAUGGACUGACAGGGUUUUCUGGUAAAAUCAGUGCAAAGAGCACACCAGUUCCGUCUCCUGCUACCACAAAUACAAGAACUAUAGUAUCCAAGCCAAGAGAGUUUGCUCACCUUAUAAAGAAUAAAUUCGGCAGUGCCGACAACAUUAAUGAUAUAAAAAUAUUGGAAGAAAGUCGAGGGUCCAACGAAGACAGCCAUAGUGGCAAUGAAAGACUGGCUGGUGAAAGGACAAGUGGAACUUUACCAGCGAACUUUUCGGACACUGAAAGAGCUGCCAGUUUUAAAUAUGGCUCAGAUGACGAAGUGGCGUCUUCAAUAACUUCUGGGUCAGGUCCUAGUGCAGCCCAGAGUUCCAGCCCCCGCCAACAUUCUCAACACAACAGCUCUCAGCACAACCUUCCCAGUGUUCAACAGUUUGACAUGGAGGUUUUACUGAGGGAGCACAUGAGAGAGAUGCAGUCAAAUAUCCAGAAAAGUAUCAGUGAUAAUGUAGACAAUCUAAGAGCUGAGAUGCAAGCCAACCAUGCAUGCUUCCAACAAGCUCUAGAAGAGGAAAGAUUCAGGUACCAGAGACAAGAGGAACAGAUGAAUGACCUCACUGAGCUUCAUCAGCAUGAAAUCACCAAUCUAAAACAGGAGUUGACCAGUAUGGAGGAGAAAAUGGACUAUCAGCUAGAAGAGAGGACUCGUGAUAUACAUGAAGCCCUCGAAAACUGCCAAACAAGGAUAACUAAGAUGGAGCUACAGCAGCAACAACAACAACUCAUCUCUAUGGAGGGCAUAGAGAACUCUAAUGCCAGGGUAUUCAUAACUAAACUAAUCAACAUGGUGUUAGCCAUCCUUGUUGUACUCUUAGUGGCAGUCUCUACUCUGGCUAAUAUACUGGGUCCAUUCCUCACUUCAAGACUUCGAAUUCUCUCAACAGUGGCUCUGAUAGGCUGUUCUGUAGCAGUAUGGAGACACUGGCCUUUAAUUAUAGACAAUUUAAAUAUUUUAAGAGAACACUUUAGUGGACUUUUCUCAAGUCAAUAACACAGGAGGGGGUUUCUCACCCCCUAGGAUUUCAACAAAUUGUAUGAAGUAAGGUAUAGACUACUUAUGCGAAUUUGGUGUGUAUAUAUAUACAUAUAAAUAUAAUAGGUGAUUAAAAAACAUGUAAUGGUUGUACAUAUAUAUAAUUUUAAUGACACCUGUUUUCACCUGAAGCACAAUCAAUGGCAACAGAUAUGAAUAACGAGAAUAAUAAAAAAGACACUGCUGUAUUGGACUUUUAUACAGUAAGUUUGGAUGAGAAAUUAGGUUCUGUUUGAGCAAAUCGGCCCUCAUGCUCAAGGUGGACAUACGCAUAUAUAUUCUUGCUUCAAAGAGUUGCUACCCCCCACCCCUCCCCUCCCUACACACCCACUUCACAAGAGGGGGUGAGGGGUUUAAAGCCUUUAUGUUGGACUUAUACAUUUACUAUAGUGAUGGAUAUACAUAAGAACUGUAAUAACAAUGACACACAUUGAAUGUAUGCUUAUAUGCAGUAAAACCUGCCUAAACUGAACAUUGCUUGAGAGGUCUUGUAUCAAAAAUUGGGAUAUUCAAAAAAGGAAUGAAAAAGGUUCCACAUGUGUGUGAGAUGUUCACUGUAGAGAGGUGUUCAUUGUCACAGGUGUUACUGUACAUAUUAACAACUAUACAUAUGACUUGCGUUUGCAAACUUUAUGUCAUGUACUACAGACAUGAUAUACACCUAAAAGUUUUCUUGACCAAGUGCAGUAUGCAGUCUCAAGUGGGUGUUUUUAUUAUUGUUCAGGGUGCAAUGUCGUGUUUGCAAUCUCAAAAUUGAAUUUUAUGAGCCUAAUUCACUGGAUUUGAAGAAUGGUAUUUAUUGUUAAGCUUGGUGCAAUACUGAUAUUUAUUGAAAAUAUAUUGGAUGAUACCAUAUACAAUCAAAUCAUUCUUUUUUCAUUAAAUUGUAAAAGGUACCAGUUAUGACACUAUGACUUACAAGACACACUUUGUUUUGUUGUUGUUUUAUUUAUUAAAAUCUUUAAAACUUAUAUUCAAUGGCAUGUGACUUGAACACCACAGGGGAUGUAUAAUAGUCCAUAGUAAGAUAUUAAAUGAGAAAUUAAUAAAUGCUUGUGCCAUACAAAAUUGAUAUAAAUACUAAAUUACUAAUGGAUUUAAUGAAUAACAUGUAUUUUUAUUUUGUUAUGAAACACAUGUAUAGUAGUACUUACAUAGUACUUACAUUUUAGGAAAAGCUUGUUUUACAAAUGUCUACUGUGCUACAUAAAUUGUAGAUUUUGGGUUAUUUCUGCUGGCACAUACUGUCGCCUAAAUAUCGCUGUAUGGAUUUUCUUGAAUUCAAUUUAAUACAGAUAAAGGAUAUCAUCUGCUUUCUCAUUAUGCAAAAUAGAAUUCAAAAUUAAGAGAAAGAACUGGAAUGUGUGAAUUGUAAACUUUUGUAUACACAAAACAUAUUAAUUUAUUUGGCAUUACAGCUAAUGGCUUACUGUGGCUAUAUCACAUUGAUAUUUAUAUUAACAAUAUGGCAGGAAUUUAAAUCCCCCAAGAAAUGAGGUCCUUGUAUAAUUAUUUAUUUAAAUCCAUACAUUCGGUUCUUACAUUGGUUCAGGCAGAUCUACCAAACCUGAUAUAUUGAAUCUGGAAUGUACAAUUACAAUCUGUGAAAAUGUGUUUUAACAUUGUUUGCAGAUGUUAUAUUUAUAAAUCAACAAAAAUGUUUACACCUGCCUGAUAGUGUAUUAGUGAUGUACCAGACUAAAAAGCACCAAAGUGUAUUAUAAUUUAUCCUUUUCUUGUCCUUAGUCCUUUGAUAUAUGUUUUUGUGUGUCUUUGACCCACAGUAUGUGUAAAAUUUGUACCAGGCGUUAGAGCCUUUAAAUAUAUACGCUUUAAGCAGUACAAGAGCCUUUAAACAUUUUGAAUUUUUAGCGCACAACAGCCUUUAAAAGUAUGAGUUUUAAGCAGUAUGUGAGCCUUUAAAUAUUUGGGCUUUAAGUUGUAUGUACAGAGAUAGGUUAGAUGUACACUGCUGAUAUUUAGAAAAGUUUUCCAAACAAUCACAUUACCUGUCUUUAAAUACAUGUACAUAUUAUAACUAUAACAUAUUGUUAUUAAUGAUAUUAUAGCCACCUUUUAGCUACAUUCGCAUAGCAUUUAAUAUCAAUAUUAUCAUAUCUGAAAUCUGAUGCCAUUUUUAUUGAACUGCACAUGUUUGUAUUUGUCCAUUUGUAAGUCAUUGUACAAUUUAGUGGCUGGCCAUAUUUACAUGUAUGUCAACCGAAAAGAUAGUGGCAUUUUAAUUUGUAUAUUUUUGUGUGGUUUUGAUUAUUAUUUCAUCCAAUUUUAAAUGACACUGAUGGGUACAUACACUGCUAAAAGGUUCCCAUCCUAAUUGUACAGGUGUGCUGAAAAAAUUGCAGAAUUUCACUGAAGUAAAAUAUCAACAUUUUUGGAGCAAGUCUCGUAUAUUGGGAUUUUGGUUUAAUUUGUAAGAUUGAGUAUACAAGCAGAUUUUGUUGUAAAUUAUCUGUAGAUAUUACUAUUUAUUGUUUAACGAGUUUCAUGUAAUGAUGCUGUUCUGAUAUUUAUAUGUACAGUAUCUAACUUAAAUUGUGCAUUUUUAUGAGUUUGUUGAAAAAUAUUUUAAUUUGAAAAUGUGCGUGAAAACAUAAAUUCCUCCACUGUGGCUUAUAUUUUUUGAUGUUUGGAAGAUGUAAAAUAAAUUGGUGUCCUUCACAAAUCAAAUGCAAUAGCUCAGAGAUGCUCUCUCCACAUUCACAUUUCAUCACAUUGUUUCUGUAUAUUUGCUAUUAUUAAUACUUUGAUUAUAAUGCAUUUAUUAAUUUAUAUCAUGUUCAUGUAGGAUUGUCUUAGGUUUGUAAUCUGCAUUCCAAAAUGUGAAAUGAUUUGGAUUGGUUGUUUGAAAAUGCUUGGCAGAAGACACAUGAGGGGUCAUUUCAAAAGUUUUGCACUAAAUUCUACAUACAUCUAGAUCAACCAACCACCUUUGCAACUGGUAGACAUGUAAUAGCUAAUGUGAAUUCAUUUAGUCAUCCUCCAAAUCCAGGGCUCCGGACAUCAUCCACUGCGUUGCUUGAGUUCUGGAGGCCUGUAUUCGGAGGAUGUCAUUUAGUACAGUUUGUAUAGGCCUAUUUGAAG